AUGUCAACGACAAUGGUCUACUUGAUGUUGAUGUUGUUGUUGUCAACGAUUGUGUUGGUACAGGCUGGUCCACAUAAUGCACCUGUACUUCGAUUCUCAAAGAACUUGUUGACACUGCCCGAUGGAGGACAUUCACAGUUGAGUUGUAGAGGUGGCACUGCUAAAGGUUCAAACGAAGAACCACCCUACAUCUUCUGUCUAUCAUCACUAGAUGAUAUAUUCGAUCCCAAUGCACAAUUCAGGUGUCAGAGUCCCAAUCCAUCAAGUUACUCAACAAUAUCAAAGUAUACUGUUGUAUGUAAGAGGGGAGAGAAUGAUCAUAAUGAGUAUACAUUUGGUGAUGACCAUCCAUGUCAUGCCCAGUAUAGUCUUGAUUGGAUUGAAGUCAAUCAAAUCAGAGUCAUUGGAUGGGGCAUACUAGGAUGUGUAUUCUUCUACCUCUUCUUAACAAGAACGAACAACUCGUUCUAUCAACAGAUCAACAAUCCAAUGUCAUUCCCACGAGAACCAACCAAUCCCAAGAUCUUCAUGUUUUGUGGCAUCUUCAUAUCGUUAACCAUUGUGGUGUCAAUGGUUGUAUUUGUCCUCCUCUGUCUAUAUAUGUUCUCUGCUCCCGUUUAA